GAUGAUGCAGACUUUAAGCAUCAAAGUACACAAACUGAAGAAACUUUGUCCUUUGUAUAUAAUUCUCUUAAAUAUAUGCCAUCAUUUCAAGGGGAGCUUAUGCUAAGUGUGACUUCAUAAACGAAUCAUUUGUGAGAGAGAAAAACCACAUCCAGGGUAAAGUCAUAAGGUGAAAAAGCCUCUUUCAGAGAGCACUUCCUGAAAGAGACAAAGCAGCAAUUACAGUCAGCCCAGCACCAACUCCCAUGCCAAGCAUUACACUGGAAACUACUUUUUAAAGCAACAAGAGUCUAAAACAAAAUAAAACAUUUCUUAAAUACACUGUUUCCAGAAGGAGCUAUUUUAACAGAAGCAACUCAGAUAUCCCUUCGACAGAAGUGGAAGUGCUGAAAAAUGUUCAUCUCUCAUACAGACUUUUGAUGGACAGGAGUUUCUAAGUAUCAUGCCCACCAACAAGCUGUAAAAUGAUCACCCUGAACAAUCAAGAUCAACCUGUCCCUUUUAACAACUCACAUCCAGAUGAAUACAAAAUUGCAGCCCUUGUCUUCUAUAGCUGUAUCUUCAUAAUUGGAUUAUUUGUUAAUGUCACUGCAUUAUGGGUUUUCAGUUGUACCACCAAAAAGAGAACCACUGUAACCAUCUAUAUGAUGAAUGUGGCAUUAGUGGACUUGAUAUUUAUAAUGACUUUACCCUUUCGAAUGUUUUAUUAUGCAAAAGAUGAAUGGCCAUUUGGAGAGUACUUCUGCCAGAUUCUUGGAGCUCUCACGGUGUUUUACCCAAGCAUUGCUCUAUGGCUUCUUGCCUUUAUUAGUGCCGACAGGUACAUGGCCAUUGUACAGCCGAAGUAUGCCAAAGAACUUAAAAACACAUGCAAAGCCGUGCUGGCGUGUGUGGGAGUCUGGAUAAUGACCCUGACCACGACCAUCCCUCUGCUACUGCUCCAUAAAGACCCGGAUCAAGACUCCACACCCGCCACCUGCCUCAAGAUUUCUGACAUCGUCUAUCUAAAAGCUGUGAAUGUGCUAAACUUCACUCGACUGACAUUUUUUUUCUUGAUUCCUUUGUUCAUCAUGAUUGGGUGCUACUUGGUCAUUAUUCAUAAUCUCCUUCAUGGCAGGACGUCUAAGCUGAAACCCAAAGUCAAGGAGAAGUCCAUAAGGAUCAUCAUCACACUGCUGGUGCAGGUGCUUGUCUGCUUUAUGCCCUUCCACAUCUGUUUCGUUUUCCUGAUGCUGGGAACGGGGGAGAACAGUUAUAGUCCCUGGGGAGCCUUUACCACCUUCCUCAUGAACCUCAGCACGUGUCUGGAUGUGAUUCUCUACUACAUCGUUUCAAAACAAUUUCAGGCUCGAGUCAUUAGUGUCAUGCUAUACCGUAAUUACCUUCGAAGCAUGCGCAGAAAAAGUUUCCGAUCUGGUAGUUUACGGUCACUAAGCAAUAUAAACAGUGAAAUGUUAUGAAUAAUAGAAAGGUUCUUUUAUCUCAAUCCCAUCAAAAUUCACUUCACUAACUACUCUGGCGUCAAUGGAUAUUCUGUAUAAUAUUAUCAAGUCCCUUUUCUCUUGAAAAAAGUAAAUUCAUUAUCUUCAUUUUAAAAACUUAUAUAAAACAUUUUUGUGAAUUAUUC